CCCGUGACUGUUGGUGGCUUUGUAUCUGUAUCUGAAUCUGUGUAUGUGCCUGUGCCUGUGUCUGUGCCUGUGUCGGUGCCUGUGUGAAUUCUGAUAACGCGCGCCUGGUGCUGACAUCACUUUCGCUCCUGCUAUUCCAUUGCUAUUGAGCCAUUGAACCAUCCCCAUACCCAUUAUCAUACCCGAGACCGAGACCCGAGAAGCUGCCAAUCGAAAGACCACAAAAUCAAUUAAACUACAACAAAGCUGCCAAGAGCCAAUUAUACGGAACGGGGAAACGUAAGGGAAACUGAAACGGAAACGGAUACGAAGGAAAGGAAGGGAUCAAAUAUGUUCUCCAUGUGCACAAAGGUGAAGUCGGAGAGCGUGGAGCCGGACUGCUCGUUCAUGCAGCAUCCCCAGCAGAUGCAGCUGCAACAGCCACAGGCGAUGGGAACUGGCGGCAAACAGAUCAAGGGCGGCUACCUACUGCGCUACAAAAAGCAAAUGUUCUGGAAUCGCUGGUCCGAGGAGUGGGUGGUACUGUACGACGACUCAACCAUGGCCUGGUUCACGGAGCCGGGACGCACCUCGCCGUCGGGCAAGAUCCUAGUGAAAGAAGCGCCCGAGAUGCUGGCCAUUGCCCACUGGACUGGACAGAUACCGCGUCGACCGCCGCUACCGGACGGCGUGAAUGUCUCCCAGUUGAUUGCACUCGGAUCGCAGCGGAAGCGGUCCAAGGUCUACUGGAUGCUGGCCAAGUCCGAGCAGGAGGUGAGCGACUGGAUUGAUGCGAUUACGAAGACCCUGCCGCCGCCGCCACAAAUCGAGCUGGUGGUGGACAAGCCGCACCUGAUGAACGUGCUGCGACGCCCACUGGUGCGCAUUAGACCUGCCACCCAGUCGGAGGUGAAGCACCGCAAGGCGGCGGCCCACAGCAGCAGCAGCAGCAAGCACCAUGGCUGCACCUCGUCGGCGAUGACCACUAGGCUGUACAAACAGAUCCAGAAUCCACUGGUCAAGAGCGAUGCGGCCGUGGCCAUUCUCAGCAAGAAGCCGGACUCGAAGGCCUCGCUGGCCUGUGCCCUGCCCUGGGGCCAUGGCUGGGGAUGGGCCACGUUGCCGAACGGCGUGUGGAGCGGCGGCCUGACCUGGUCCCAGUGCGAGGACACCUUCACUCUUCACGCCCUGCCCACCACCCACUGCACCAAUCUGAUCGACACCUCAUGCAGCGGCGCCGUCUACCACACCGACAUUGGCGGCUUCGACUUCCAUUCCGGCGGAGUGGACGACAUUGGCGGCGAGGACUUUGACUACGCCAUGGACUGUGGCGAUUUCAUAUUUUAAAAGCCCCCCACGCCCCCUACCCUCAUAAGAUCUAACCUCUGGAACACUCGCAACUGGUAAUCGCUUCGGUAGUACGUAUAAUAGGUGUGCUUACCCUUACUCUUUGUGUCUUAGAUGUUGCCACAUAAUAGGAAUAGACAUUGCAUGGAAUGGGGAGAGGGCAUAGGUAUAGGGUAUCUGAAUCCUGCAUUACGUAUACGCCACAUGUGUUGUAACUGUGUAACCCCGUAGGUGGUUGUUACUGUUUCCUGUGUCCUGUGUCCUCUAUCUGUGUGCUAAUCGCGUUAAUCAGUUAAACAGAAACCCGAGCGUAAUGCGAACGUAAUGCAUUUCGCCAAAACAUAACAUAUUCCGCGGAAAUUCCCCCACUUUUCUCGGAAAUCUACACAGACACGUAUGUGGAUGUGAAGGUGUGUGAGUGCAUGUCGGACAACCAGAUAAACACAUACACACACAACUACAUGUAUACAUAUAUGCAACCGCACUUUCGCCCCACCACCCAACCACCCCACCACCCAACCACACACUUGGCAAUCGCAACCGCAGAAAGCAUUUGAAAUGCGAAAAUAUUUUUGCAUCGCGCAUAUACUCUCGUAUCGUAUCUUAUCGUAUCGUAUUGUAUGUAAGUAGGCUACAAAAUAUUUUUGCACUCGAGGGGCAAAGAAAUUACAAUAAAUAAUAAAUAAUGCAUGCCAGAGACGGGCAGGAUGGCACAGGAUGCAAAUCUAAAUGAAAAUGAUAACGGAAACUCUCACACACCAACAACAAACAAAAGCAUGGAAAUACUUUUGGGUAUUUGGAAAACUUUUGAAAUUUAUAUUGAUGCAAUUUGUAUGGAAACACUUUUUCAAAUUGUUUUGCCAUGAUUUUCUAGAAUUUUUGUAAUCAAUAGACAGAUUUAUCCACACAUCGUACCCCUCCCCCCACACCACUAGCCAAAACCACCCACCAAUUCCCCCCGGCAAAACAGAAAACCAUUUUUGUGUGCAAAUUUUUGACAAAUUUAUACAGAUACUCGUAUGGGGUAUCGUACGCCGCAAGUAAUUCGAUAAAAACUUAAUAGGAAAACCAAAGAAAGACCGACAUUUUGAUAUAUAUAGGAUGUUAAAUGAAAUUACGUACAGUAAACAGGAAAACCAGGUAACUAACAAGUAACUUAAAAUAGGGCUAGAACCCACACACUCUAGACGUAAGCACUCGACACAGUCUCACACUGGACCCAAAAGCGAACCCGAACCCGACCCCGACCCCGAACCCGACCCCCUCCUUGUAGGACUAUUAAGGCCAGUUAAGUUUACAAAACUAACUCACACACAGAGAAAUCGACAUACCCACCCGUACUGAUGUAAAGUUUAUAAAACAAAAACGAAACAGCAAGAGACAAGUUAGCAACCCAGGUAAAAAACAAAUCACAAAUGUAUUAAGAUACAGAUACCAAAGACAAAGAUACGCGUGUGUGCACACACUUGUACGCUUAUUGUAUUGUAAUCGAAGUACUUAGUUAAGGACAAAUCACAGAUACUAUUCACAUUGUCAUCGCAGCAGUUCAAUCGAAAACAAUCGAAACCAAUCCAAACCCCACAUACAGCGUACAUGCUCGUAUUCGUGUAGGCACUCUCGAAAUUCACAUCCACACAUCCACUGUCAUUCGCAUUCGUCAUUCUCAUGCUCUCAUUCUAUAUUGAUUCGAAUUUGAAUUUUCAUUUUGAAGAACUUUAAAGAGCAAUUUUGUGCGCCACCGUGCGCCAGAAUGUGACAAAGAGAAAACGCCGCUACGGACACCUUGAAUUAACUGUACGUUAGGUAUAUAGAGAAUGUUAGAAUAAGUAGGAUGUUUGUUAAGAUUGUUAAGAUAUACACAGGAUACUUAGAACAUAAAUUACGGGUAAGAGGGCAUACAUAUACAUAUGUAUGUUUGCCCUCUGCGCAUCUGUUGCAUGCUGGUCCUUUGUAUUUGUAUGUGUAUUGAUAGCCAUAUAUUUUUACGUACAACAAUAAUCAACGCAUGCAGCGGAAACGGAUACGAUACCUUUAAACCUGAGCCUGCUACAGCCUUAGCCUUCACAGAAUACAGAAUACAGAACACAGCCCACACACACACUCGUACCCAAUCGUUGUUAUUGUAUGUAUACUCCGCGCACACGUAAGCGUUUGUAUGUUUGUGUCUGUGUACAAUACCUAUAUAGCCAUAGCCGAACCGAACCGUUCGUUAGGUGUUUAGUACGGGAAAGACGAGAGAUAACCCACGCAGCGCAGCGUAACAGCGCAACCUACGAGUAUAAGUAAAUGUAGACUAAAAGACUUAAGCAAUUGUCGUUUAGACGUUAAAUUAGAGCGCAUUGAAUGUUGGCUUAUAGUUCUAGAUAAAGAGACGAAGCGAUUCGAAAUUCGAGACACAAACAUAUACAUGCAUAUACCUAUACUAUAUAUACACACACACAUACCAUAUUAUACAUAUAUAGAUGGGAAUAUCUUCACCAAAAUGUUGUAGUCUGAAGCCUAAUCCGAGUGUAAGCCGAAUAUUGUUAGUCAAGAAGGCUUUCAGCAAUGGACGGACACAAAACCUAAAGCCUAAAACCUAAAACCUAAAACUUAAUGAAAUGAAAUGAAAUCUAAAACAAAAAUAGAAGUAAAAUCAACCUUGGACAAUCACGCAUACGCAUGUAGGAGAAACUGGAUUAAAUAGUAUACAUAUGUAUGUAAAUUGUUAAAGCUUCGAUGAUGUGGAGAUGUCGAAGGAGAAGUGGCCAGACACUCGGGCCUGGCCUGUGUGUAAUAAAUAGUCUUAGCACGUCCAGCAUGGAAAUGGAGUUGACUCCAGACUCCAUGAACCCUAACUUAUGUAUGAAUAUCUACAAAAUACUCGUAAACGUACGAAUAUGAAUACGAUUGAAUUCGAUUGAAGGGGUUUGAGCCACCUCAAGCUUCAAUUAAGUGUCAAUCCCCCACACGCUCUUCAGUUACACUACCAACAAGUAUUUUUAUAAAGUUUAUUGUAAACGAUGCGAACCAUGUAAACCCAACCACAUGUGUGUUUUAAAACAUCAACUGAGGGAAACCUUACUUUAGAAGCAAAUUUUUGUAGAAUAAUUGUACACGUAAAAUGCAUUUCCGAUGUUAGCUGAACAACAUAACAGUAUAUAUAGUAUAUAUACACCCAUAAACAUAUACAUACAGAUGUGUACUGUAUCCAUUUUUAUUGUGCUGCGCAUUUAGGCAGCCAGCGAGGGCAAGGAGGCGGCGGCCCCGCCCCCGCCCCCGAGUACGAACCGAAAGAGCAAAUAGAAGUUAUGAAUCCAAGCCAAGUGAAUGAUCCGUGAGAGAUGGAACGAGAGAGCGCAACGGCGGCAAGGCCGGAAGCAGACAUCGCGUAUACGCCCGAUCUGCCGGCGAGGCCUUGCCGCCCGGCUCACCAUAUACCCGUUACUUGCAAUUAGGCUAGUAAGUUCGUUGUUUGUUACCAAUUGUCAGUUGUCAGUGUCGUUGAUGUUGAUGUUGAUAUUGAAGUUGAAGUUGACGUUGAAGUUGCCGUGUCAUUGUUAAAUGUAUUCCAAUUUGUGGUCCGCACUGCUGGCAGUUUGUCGUCAGAGCACAGAAGAAAUGAAGCAGCAGCAGACCAUACAAGUUAUACAAGAAAGCAUACAUACAUGCAUGCAUAUACAUAUACAUUAAAUAGGUGUGCAUAUAAUAUACAUAUUCACACAUACCCGCACAAGUGUGCAUUGGCGUAAGGCAGAAGCAUAAUUGAUUAAAUUGAACCAAAACCCGAUGGCAGAGCCCAAUCGCAAUGAGGACGAGUAAAUCUUAUGUACUAUGAAUGUAACAAAUUGUAAAAGUUUUAAGCGUAGGCCGAAAGACCCGCCAAAGACUCCCGCAACCUGCGAACCCCCAACCAUGUCCUCCCUUCUCCCGAACUUUGGCCAGGGUCGCUCUCGAGCCGUAAUUAGAGAAGUAAAUAUGUAAUUCUAUUGAUGUGUAUCGUAUGUAUAUGUGUCUAUAAAUAUUUGGUAGACGUUCACUCGCAUGACGCCGCAAAUUCUCAGCCCAAAAACGACAAACGACAAAAACGCUUCAGCCAGAGGAAGAUCUGCUCGAAACGAACCCUGCCUCAUUCCUUCCCUUUGUUUGGUGCAGGUUCACCAAGUGCCACCAACCCCAACCCCAAACCCAAUCCCCAAGCCGAAGAGCAUGUGCAGCAGAAUACUUUUGGCCAAAAAGAGAAAGAGAGGCUGGCACUUAGAAGAGCCCGAAAGUCGAACGCUCUUAUAUGGUUUCAAGACCGCACAGCCCCCAAAGCACACGAAAACGAAAACGAAUGAACAUUUAUGAUUGUCUAAAGAAAACAAAAGAAGUCAUCCACUGAAUCAGACCCAAGCGAUUGCCGAAUCUGGAAUACGCUCACAUGUCGAACAUUUCCGAAUCGAUUCCCAUCGCAAAAACUUUGUAAGAAUUUUGUACCAAUUCAUUUUUCGCCAAUUUGCAAAACCAACAUCUAUGUGUGAUGGCUUUUGAUUAAUCAUGGUUUCGGCAACCGCUGAGAGACCUCACAGAGGUCUAUAAAUACACCUUACGCGCGGGGUCUUGAUUCGAUGACUUCAGGCAGGCAGGCAGGCAGCCAAGAAGAGUUUUGACGGAGAGAUCUGCGAUGCGUCAGGCGUUGAUAAAUGUAAAACAAAAAGCAAAAAAGCAAAUAAAGAUUAGCAACAACAUCUGAGAGAACGAAACAACAGCAAUUGAGCGAAUAAA